AUGAAGCAAGUCGGAUGCGAGCGCACUCUUCCAAGACUGCCAAUUGUCAGUGGUCCAACUUCUAAUGAUGGAGGUAAAGCAAUGGGGAUGAGGUCCCUGGAAUUUGAUCAUCUGCUGAAGGAGAGACCAAAUUCUGCUGCUGAACUGGCAAUGACAGAAGAGAUGGUUACUGGAUUCCUCAGCCUCGUUGCACAGGACGCAUAUGCUCGCAAGAUUCCAUCCAUUUCUUUUCAAGUUCUCGUGUGUUACGAUAAGUUCGUGCAUGAGAAGCCAAAGGAACGCAUUCACCUUUGUUGGAACAUCCGGGCGCCACACCACCUGAUGAGGAAAGUUGUCGACACCGGUUAA